CUCGCAGGCGACGGAUAGUUCGUAUUGGAAUCGUCUGUUUUUUCCGCUCUGUCUGUCGACCCUUUCCCUCUUCCUUUACCCCCGUUGGUGUAAAAACCUGUAAAACCAAAAGAAGAACGGUGCGCCUCGGGGGCGCUGCCGCAAGUGUACGGUGCCGAAUUUCAUCACGGUGAUUGACUCCGCUCCCGGUUCUUCUCAACACGGUCAAUAAUGAGGGACAUGGCGGGCAAGAUCGCCGAGUUGAAGUUCGAGGCACCCCUCGCGCGUUUCGAGGAGGAAGACACGGCCAGUUUGAAGAACAUGAAUUUACUGACAGAACAAUUAUUGGAUACAACAUUGAACGCGGGAUAUGAAGAAAAUUGUAACGCAAACGAACCGGCGAACACCAACGAAAAUGGCAUCGAUAUUCUCCAGGAGGGGACGUUCAGCCCCUCCAGCGGCAGUAUCGAGGACCUCGUUAAAACAUUCGACGGGGAUGUAUCAUCCUGCUUCAGCGAUUACGGCACGGAUGUCAAGUCCCUUGCACCCGUGCAAGUACGAGCGCAGGAGGAUAUCAUGAACGAGUGCCAACUCUGGUGGACGAUUACCGGUACGUUUGGUAACUUAUUGCCGAUCAAUUGGAGCAAGUCGUACGCUAGAAAAAUGCACCUACCUGCGUUGAAUUUGAACGAGGUGCCGGUACCACACGAAAGACCUGAACUAGAGGAUUUAAGUAGCGAAGAUGAGGCUGUCGCAACUGAUUUGGACAUGCAUGCUUUGAUAUUGUCCAGUAGCACCGACACACAUAGUCCUGAGGAACCGCUGAAGACUGCUGAAGAAGUACUCCGUGAAAUAGACGAUAUUAUGCAGGAAAGUCCUUCGUUGGAAAGAUCCCCAGACUCAGAUGGAUCAUUAUUAGAUAGCGACGAGGCGCUGGAAAGAAGCAGGGAAGUUCUUGGCUCUCCGCUACACGAGAAAAAGUUAAAACGACUCACAUGCAGUGAACUAACUGAGCUGCUCGGUGAAAUGGAAUCGUUGGUAGGAGCAUUGAGCGAGACCCUAAUCGCGGAGCUCGCGUUGCGCGACGAACUCGAAUACGAGAAGGAACUGAAGAAUCAGUUCAUCUCUCUGUUAUUAGCAGUACAAAAUCGACGAAGGCAGCACCACGUAACGAAGAAGAGGAAUCAAAUGCAAAAUGGUACUAGUCCUUUACCGCAACAUAGAUCACUUCAAGAUUCUAAGUAUUUAACUACUGUAAUUCCGUACCACACGGACAGUGGCCCACCAGACAAUCAGGCUUUACAGGUUCUCAUAAAAAUAUUGAAAGCAAUUAGCGAAGAUAGCCCAACUGUACCUACUUUGUUAACAGAUUAUAUACUCAAAGUACUGUGUCCCAGUUAGUGAGCAUACCGUAAAUUCCUCGUGGAAAUCGGUAAAAAUCAAGAAGAAAAAUAUUAAUCAUUGAAGAAUACAAUUUGCUCUCUUCUUGCCAGUACGCUUUCAGCCGUUGUUG